UGAGCACGAUCGUAGUAUUCCGGUACCUGAAACAAAGAUAACGAGGUAUGUUCUCGUCGCCCCUCCGAUACUUAAGUUAGAAAGGGAAUUAUAUACGUGAGGUUAUAAACUGGAGAAUAAUGAAAACGCACCUGAAUAAUGGCUCAAUGUUCUGUAUUUAUAGAGGUGUAUGGUGCUUUGCUAGUAGGAUUUAACUAUAUGGGUAUCCUUAUCCGAUAGAGUCCCAUGAGAAAGCAGUGUUUGGAUCCUACUAUGAUUAGAAGACCAAUUGUUAAGAGGACUCUCUUAGACUUAUGAGAUGUGGUUUGAAGUAUUUUUGUCAAAUAAGAGUUCGCAGGGGAUAGACACUUUCCUUAGUACGAGGAACGUGGAAGUUGAGGCCUUCAAGGGGAUUUUCCCGAGCUAUUAUUCCCGAGGACAUCUUGCAAUCUUUGAAAGUUAUAAAGGUCGGGCACAUGUAUCUCGAGGACCCAAUACAUCCCGAGCACUAAUGAUCGAAAAUCGUAAGACGCCUUCACAAAUGAUUGGGGAUGAAAGUGGUCGGGAUAUGAAGGAAUUGUCAGUAUUACUGGCCCCCGUGUACCUAUUCUCGAGCCUUUUCGAGGAUAUGGUGCAAAAUAAGCCAGAAGGAAAAGAGCUCGGGUGUGUAAGCUCGAGGGAGUUCUUGAAGACAGUGUUCGCAAGGGCUGACGUGUACUGAGGUAAGCCCUAAAUAAGAAAAAGCGGUAAAAAGCGUUAUGGGCUGGAUGUAGGACACGUGGCCAGAUCUGACGAUCGGGGUAGUGACCUUUGGGAUACCCUCUUCUGUUGCCUAUAAUACCUUGUUCACUUUUCACUCUCAGUAAACUUCUCUCGCUGAUCGUCGAGAUCAGAACUUUGGUGGGUUUUUUAGGCGUCGACUUUAAGGUAUGACCUCAAGACCUUGAGUUAUUCUAUAGACACUUUUUUGCCUAGGUCAGGAUGUCUAAUAGUAGUAGUGAGUCUUCGUCCUCUUCCUCGAGGAGUACCCCCGAGGACAAGGAGCGCUCAAUCAUACCCAUGGCCGUGCCCAUUAAUGUACAUCCUCGGGCACAAGAUCCCGACUCCCCUUAGGUACCCCGACUUUCUCCGUAAAUUUAAGGAGCAUCUAGUGAUAUCGACGGUUAGGGAGCAUGGGCUCAUGCCUAAGUGUGAUAUUAGAAUGCCAGGGGUGAGGAUGGCUAUUGCUCGAGAUGGAGAGUUUGUAGUUUUUAGAGACUAGCUAAAAGGUGGAUUUAGAUGGCCCCUACACCCAUUCUUUGUGGCCUUACUGGUCGAGCACAACAUGAGCCCUGGUUAGCUCGUGCCAAAUGAAUGGAGAAUGAUUACUUACUUUUUUAUAGCCUGUACGUACUUAGGUAUUGACCCAUACAUCGAACUUUGUAGAAUGGUCUUCGAUUUGAAACAGCUGUCUCAAUACACAUGUUCUGCCUAUCUUUCAUCUUGAGGAGGUUUCAGGAUAUCGAGGAUGCCAAGUUCAUUAAACGGGUGGAAAGAAAAGUGGUUUUAUGUCAUACCUUAGGAUUCUGACUUUCCAUUUAGGCCUAGGUGGGUUUUGCCCAACACGACCAGGUUUUGUGAAGGGCAGGCCUAUUUCGAGUCUUUAGAAAGGGAUAGGGUGAUGUUAGAGAACCUCGAGCCUCUUGUUUAUGAUAUAGAUGACAUUUUGGGGGAUGAUAUUCUCGAUCUCGCAGAUGUGAAAGGUGCUGAGGGUAGGGAUCGUACUUUCGCCUUUUUCUCGUUGACCUGUCUUUGUUAAUUAUGCUCACGCCAAUUACUUGUCUUUUCAGGGAUGGCUUUCAAUCCUUCAGCUCUUUAACAGGCCGUGACCAAGAAGUCAAGGGCCCCUCAAGUCCGAGCCCCAGGUCAGAAAAGGGGAAAAAGAGGCCUCGAGAUUCAGGGCCUGAGACUGUUAGGAGUGGUCCUGGCUAGACAUCUGCCCGAGGACAAUCCCUGAUCAUUCAUGAGCACGAAGCUCCGAUUGCCACUCAUCAGUCCCAUCCUCGAUCAAGGAGUACUCCCGAGGUUGUUGACCUCGAGGAUGAGGUUUUUUCUGUGCCUUCUUUUCAAAAUCGAGAUCCUGAUUGGUGUUCACUGGUGUUGAGCAUCAUGGACAAAUAUCGAAAGGACCUCGGCUUCGACGAGGGCAUGAAAGCUCUUGAAUCCCUUACGCUGAAGACUCUGAGUAUUUCCCGAGGUCUUUCUUUGAAGGGGAAAGAUGAGGCCCAAAGAACUGCUGAGCUCGAGAGUUCUGCUCAGGCACGCGAGAAGUGGAUUGUUGAUAUGGAGGCUGAGUGCUACCUUCUUCAGAAGGAAUGUGAUGAUGCCAAGAACGAUCUACAGAAGGCACGGGAGGAAGCUGGGAUGGCCAAGGAGGAGGCCGAGGAGUUAAAGCUCGAGAUAGAGCAUUUGAAGAAGGAUUUCGAAGCUCGUCUGACCGAAGCUCGGGGUAUCGCAGUUGAGGACUUCAAAACACCUGAUGCGUUCAAUGGGCUGAAGGGAGAGUACGCCAACUUUCAUGCUUUGAAAGAGGCUCGGGUAUUUUUGCGCUCAAAGCUUGAUGCAAAGCCCGAGGAUUUGAAGAACAUCCCAGAGGUUGCUGAAGACCUCGAGCUUUCGGAGUCUAUGGAAACCAUCGACGACCAGGAGGUCGAUGUUGAUGGUGAGGAUGUGGCGAAAGAGCAAGGAAGCCAAGCCUCGAGAGAACGAGCCGAGGACAUAGACUAGUUUCUGUUUUCUUUUUGUUUUUUAAUACUCUUGGCUCUUUACUUGUACUGAUUGAUUAUUUUUGAAAUCAAUGUAUUCUUCCCAAGCUUAA